AUGCAGCCCAUUUUGAUUCUCAUAACCGUAGCCUUCUUGAUGUACCAAGCCAGGCCAGCCUUAUUGUUAGAGACAAAUUUCAGUGUUUCAAAUAACCUAGAUUCUCUAGACGAUUCUUUAGUCCAAAGAGAAACUUUGGACAUUUCAGACAACUUUGCUAUCGGCCUAAACCAAAGCUUGAGCAACGACACCAGCGGUGGGGUAGAAAAUGGCGGAAAAACUCCCAAAGUUGACACACUGGGAAUGGUUAUGGAGCCUAUCUUCUUCACUACGGGAGUCGUCGGCAAUUCGUUGACCAUCAGAGUCCUGCUUGGGAAGGACUUCAGAGCGCUGCCGGUGAGCUUGACCCUUGUUUGUCUGGCCAUUUCAGAUAUGACCAUCACCAUCUUGCACCCCUUUAACAGAUCUUUCUUCCGGAAACUCGUUGGAGUUGAUAUUCGUUCCAUCAACGGAGACAUAGGUUGUAAACUGUUCUUCUGGGGCUGGAGAAGUGCCAAAAUGACCUCAUCCUGGUUUGUCGUCUUCGUCUGCAUAGAGCGUUUCCUGGUGGUGUGGUUUCCGCUGAAAGUGAAGCAGAUCAGUACCAGACGGAACACCCUUUGUGGGCUUCUUGGUAUCUAUAUCACCAUCUGUUCCAUCACCGGAGCUUGGACCUUUGCAUCCGGACUGAAAAACGGUGCAUGUGUUCCUGACAUGAAAGCUAAAGGUUUUGAGGAGAUGACUCGAGUGUUUUUAAUCACUGGGACAAUGGUAUACAGUGGCCUACCUAGCGCCUUGAUGAUCACCUUUACAGCCCUAAUUAUCACGAAACUUUUCGUCAGUCGAAGACAGCGAAAGAAACUCUCUACGACGGUCAGCAAUGCGGACACAGCUACGCUGAAGAUCACUGCUAUGUUGAUUGGAAUUACCAUUGCUUACAUUCUCCUCGUAAACCCGCAUGCAAUCCUCCACAACAUCGCCUUCGCCACAGGCAAGGACUUCUUCGAGAGCACUUCGCCAAUGAUUAAAACAGGGAGAGAAAUCGCGCAGGUCCUUGAGCAAAUUAAUUAUUCCAUCAACUUCUUCAUGUAUAUUUUAUGUAGUGCCCAGUUUCGAAGGCGGGUCACAGAAGUCCUGGGAUUGACGAAAUGUAUCAAAGAACAGGAAAGAAAGGAAUCUCACACCAGAAGAACGGACAUGAGCGAAAGCGAGGAUUCGAAGCAAAGAUCUGUGAGCGUGAAACAUCAAGUAGAAGCAUAA